AUGGACACUUUCCUCCAGUUGGACGAAGGCGUGUAUGAUGAUGACCUAGUGGGUGAACCAAUUUGUCUAGAGACACAAAUCCAGCGUCAUAUCGUAGAGACGAAUCAAGUCGAGGUAGUAUAUAAUAAUGAUCAAUAUAAUCGAUUGGCAAGGAUACAGAAGGAAGAAGAAGAACAAGAUGAGUUGUCAACUCUAAAGACGAAUGAACACGAGCGUCAGUAUUAUCUGCAACGCGUCUUAGUAAUUGAGAAAAAGAUGCAGGAGGCAGACAAGACAUUGCAACAGCGUAUUGAUAGAAUGAAGCGUAUUCUGGAGCUUAAAGAUCCAAUGGAGCAGCUGACUGAGUACCUAACGCUUAAGCAGGUAAAUCGACGAGACGAGAAUGUCGAUAUUGUAGAAGAUUUAUUACAGUGUGCCAAUCGAAUGAUGAGCGUUGAAGACAACGAAUUGGCUGCACUAGGGGCGUACUUUUUCUGUGCGACAGACAACGACCAAUGGCACAAGGAAGGACAGCCAUGCUACCUGUUGUAG